CGCAACUUGAACCCAUAUGUAUGAAUCGACGACGGUCGACUGUUGGGCAUGGUUGCGGUACAAAUAUAUAGCCACGGAUGCGGUGCGCAGGGCAGUGUGUAUGAAGCCGUAAUUCCCAAGGUGUUUCUAAAAUUACACAGGACUCCUGGAGUCCGCGCCCGCAGACUCCUUCAUCAAGGAUCAAUAUUAAUAUUAGAUCCUGCCAGUUUGUGUGAGAACGACUUAUUGGUAUAUAUCACACAGUGGAAUGGGCAAGACAUCCUGAAACGUCGGCAAUAACUAUUCCUCUCACAACCAUAAAACAACGCACUCACGGACUGUACCUUGCGGCCACUACUACUGGGGCUAGUACUCUGCAAUCGAAUCCUGUCAUUCCCAACACCAUGAGCCAAGAACGCAGGCCACAACCAGGCCUACGGCGAUUCAUGAUGUCGUAUGCCCCCGACUGGAUCAUAUCUGGUGCGCUUUGGGCAAUAUUUUGGGUCACCGACAGCUACAUCUCUGGAUUUAAGAGGCACUUCUCGCUGUCUGAUGUCUCAUUACUAUAUCCCUAUGCUGUUAAUCAACGUGUCGGGACAACAGCUCUUAGAUUUAUCUCUUUCGGCAUCCCAUUUGUGCUCCAGUGCCUUAUCAAUUUUUUGACAGUCCAGUCAUGGUGGGAUUUCCAUCACAGCACUCUGGGAUUGGUCCUUUCUCUGUCGAUGACGAGGGCCAUUACACAAUUCGUCAAAGUUACAGUUGGACGGCCUCGGCCAGAUUUAAUCUCGCGCUGUCAGCCUGUGACAGGCUCUACAGACCCUUUUUUGGGCCUAUCUACAGCAGAUAUAUGCACGCAGACGGUAUCGAAGAUACUCGAAGAUGGAUGGAGAAGCUUCCCCAGCGGACAUUCUAGCAUAUCUUUUGCAGGCCUCGGAUUCCUCGCCUUUUACCUGGCUGGUAAACUACAUCUAUUUGACACCCGGGGACAUGUAAGUAAAGCGUGGUUAUCUAUUACUCCCCUUGUCGGUGCAAUGUUCGUGGCAAUUUCGCGCACUAUGGACUAUCGUCAUCACUGGCAGGAUGUCGUGGCCGGAUCUGCGCUUGGACUUCUCCUCGCAUAUUUUUCAUACAGGCAGUAUUACCCUAACCUAGCAUCGGCAGAUGCACAUCAGCCGUAUGCUACCCGGUUCGAAGACGCCAAGGGUGUUGAAUUGGAUACAAUCAAUGGAACCACUGAUCCGUUGCUACACCGCUAUGACGAAGAUGACGAAGUGAUCAGCACGAGACGUAAUCCGAGGACCGGGAUUCGACGAUAACCUUCAUUACAGUAUUUUUUAUUACAUGUACUCCCUAGCCAAAUUUCUUAUUCAUCCAAAUUUCGAAAUACUAUAUAACA